GGCAGGUUGCGCCUAUGCUCCGCCUGUAGGUGUCGCUGUUGCCGCUAGUGCUGGCCGUGCGCAUGCGCUGCUGGUAUCGCGAUCCCGAAGUGCAGAAAAUAUCUUGGGGUGCGGGAAGAAGCGCCCCCCGAUCUAUCAGCCGGCCAAAGACGUUACGUACAUCUGUCCAUUCAGCGGCGCAUAUCGGGGGAGCUUCACCGUCACCAAUUACCGACUCUAUUUCAGAAGUCUGGAAAGGCCGCUCUUUGCCUUUGAGUACAAAGAAGUGUUUCCUGAAAACGGCUGGAAGGUCUAUGACCCGAUCCAGGAAUACAGGCGGCAGGAUCAAAAAUCUGCAUGCAAAAAUAAUCGAGCAAGAUGCUAUGAUUAAAGUCCUCCAUCAGCGCUCGCGGAAGGAUCCCGGGAAGAAUGACAGCUCCAGUUUACGCCCGGCCCGCUCCGUACCUUCUAUCGCUGCCGUGACUCUGUCCAACACAAGCACAGGAGUCCAUUCCAGGCAGACAUCGGUGAACAGCAACCAGGCGGCCGAGGAGAAGAAGGAAGAGAAAGCCCGCAAGGGAAGUAUAGGUCUGAAUCAAGGCAAGGAUCACCAUGAAAUCCCAUCUCCUUCCUUACUGCUUCUCCCUCCAUCUUUGUUUCUGCCGCCCCCAAUACCACUUGUGACGGCAUCUCAUGCCAAAACAGGAAGCAAAGACAACAGCACCCAGACGGAGAAGAGUCCUGAGCUGUUUUGGCCAAACAGUGCUUCGUUCCCAGGCAGGGGGCGGAUAAACAUGACUCCCUCGAGCAGCCCCUUGCUACGGCACACUGCCAACAAAGCAUGUGAGAAACUAGAUAAUUCCCCUGUUCUUGGGCAGACUCCAGAUCACAGAGGGCGAGUUGGCAACACUGCUCACAAAAACGACUUCCCAGAAGCAGAAAAUACAAUGGAAGUCCUUAUUUAAAGACAUUUAUUGUACAGAAGCCCUCUCCCCUGAUGACAGGAGCCUAUAGACACGCAGGGCUGGAGGCAGCCCACAGGAAGCCCAUGGUUUGACAAGCGGAUACAGAGAUGGAGGAAAAAGAAAAGCAAUGGGAGGACCCAGAAGUUUUGUUGAAGGACUUUGGAAUGUCAUUGGCUGGAGUCAAGGAGAAGGCAAAGACUUAUCCCCAUUGUAUGGGUUUUAAUAAUUUGCAUGAAAUUUUAUAUUUCUGUCCUGCAGCUACAUUUCACAUUUGUAUUGAGUUGCCCAUUAAAAAGGCACAAUGGCCUUCGACUUAAUAAAAACUCUCAUCGUCUAUCUUA